AUGCGGUUGAAAAAGAAAGAAUAUUCAGAAGUUCAGACUCACAAUGGUGUCGUUAGAGGCCAAAAUUUAAUAUACAUGCCAAAUUGUAAUGCAGAGAUCUUUCUCGGGAUUCCUUACGCAAAGCCACCGACUGACCAUCUAAGAUUCAAGAAACCCGAGCCACCUGAUUCGUGGAAUGGCACAUUGAAAUGCAUGAAGUAUCGCGAUCGUUCCGUGCAGAAAGACCAUUUCAUCGAAAGAUUGCUUAUGAAUCGUUGUUCCGAGGAUUGCCUCUAUCUAAACAUCUUUGCGCCGCCAAUUGAGAAAAAUAAGAAAUAUCCGGUUUUCUUCUACAUUCACGGUGGUGGCUUUAUGAUGGACAGCCCUUCGCGGUAUGCGCCCGAGAAGCUUUGCCGGCAAUUUGUGGCCCGCGACGUGCUACUUGUCACAAUCCAAUAUCGCCUUGGAUUUCUUGGAUUCUUCUCCACUGGAGAUGAUGCUUGCCCGGGUAACAUGGGAAUGUUCGACCAAGUUAUGGCGCUUGAUUGGGUUAAGGAAAACAUUUCGGCUUUUGGAGGCGAUCCAAAUGAUAUCACAGUUGGAGGGCAAAGUGCUGGUGGAGUGAGUACCGAUCUUUUAAGUCUUUCACCAUAUUCAAGGACAAAAUUUCACCGCAAGAUUUGCAUGGGUGGAUCGUCGUUCUGUCAUUGGGCUGUGGCCAAGAAAGAGAUCAUUGUUGAUUAUUGCACGGCAAAAGCACGCGCGCUGGGUUGGACUCGAAAGCCAGAAGGUUAUACGACACAGAAAGAAGAAAAUUAUGCAAUGAUUGAUUGGUUAAGAACGAUUCCGGCUAGCAAAUUUGGAGCAACACUCAUUGGUGAGCAAUGUGUUUUUGAGGAAGGACGACUACCAUUGGGGCCCGUCUACGAUGAAGACUUUUUACCGAGAAACGUUCGAGAUCUCCGAGAUGAGGCACCAAAAAUGGCGAGCAUUGUCGGAGUGGGACAAUUUGAGGCUUUGGCAUUUGCUCCUUUGGGUCGACUCCGGUGUGACGAGGAAGAUAUCGACAGAAUGGUGAACGUUUUGAUCGAACAUUCAAAAGAAUUUGAUGAACAGGAAAUUCGAAACAUUAUCAAAAUGGUUUAUGGCAGUCACGAAAGUUUGAUAGGAUCAAAAGAUGCUUUAGCCAAACAUUAUAUUGUGAUGGCUUCUGAUAUCAUUUCAAAUCAUGCAUGUUGGCGCUACAUAAAAUAUUCGCAGAAUACGGAUGUCAACACCUAUGCUUACUCCUUCGACUACAUGAGCCGCCGAAUGUUUGGAUUGUUUGGUCUACUUUUACCUUUUCACGGUCCAACUCAUGGCUCAGAAGUGGUGUAUCUUCUCGAUUUCAACCUCUUUCACUCACUUUUCCAAAAGGACAAAAUUGACAUGAAAAUGGGAGACCUAACAGCGGAUUAUUUUGUCUCAUUUAUUAGAACUGGGAACCCGAACUUGCAUGGGAAAAUGGCACUCAAGGAAUGGCCGCCGGUUGAGCAACAUGGAUCUCCCGAGAAAAUAUUUUCCCUAUCACAACAGCCGGCAAUCAAAAAUGAGGCCUGGGGUUCUCGUAUGCGUCAUUUGGAUAGACUGGUCGAGAAAGCGCUUUGGGUACACGAGCUGUUGUCCUCGUCGUGUCAAGUGAUAAAAGAACCCUCGACAACGCCGAUAACUCCUAUCCCUACUCCAACUCUGGUUCACUCAAAAACAAGUGCAACACUGUUGACGCCAAUUCAAGCCCUCUUGCUUGAUUCUCCAUCUUCGAAAAGUUCCACUCCAUCAUGUUCAUUGCCGCCACUAUCCAUUUCACCGUUUGCAUCUUCAAAUGAAUCAACACGGACUACUUCAUCGCAGAAUUCCGAUGUAUCACUACUUCAUACUCCAGGAAAUAGCUCGACCUCUUCUUCUUCUUCACAUCGACGUCUU